ACCUAAUUUAACGCCGUGGGACAGUCUCGUUAGCCUAACGGAAGUGUCCCCCGAGUUGUUGAUAUGCGUUACGAUCACCAUUUCCGCAUCGAUUUCGUUUAGUUAAAUUCACAUUAUUUGUAUCUUUUCUUUAAUUGUAUGUUAAAAGUGGGACGAUUGAUAGACUCUACAUGUUUUUAAGUGCUUAUUCGACCUGACCCAAGUUGGCAACAAAAAAACAAAAUGACAAACAUUGGUAAAACAGCUCAUGUUUCCUUACCUUUGUUUUUGAUUCUUCUACUUGGAGUUCAUCAUUGUGUUGCCCCCAACUGUUUCUAUUGUAGUUCAAAAGACAAUGAUAAAUGUGGUGAUUAUUUUCGGAUUGCUAUGAGUGAUAAACUACAUGUGACUUACUGUGACGUUGGUAGCUGCAUUAAACGUCGAGGUGUAGAUGAUAAUAACUCAGUGAGACGAGUUGAAAUAACCAGAAGUUGUGUUGCAUACAGACAAGAAGGCUGCCGCAAGGAAACGUACAACGGCAUAGACACAAUCAGUUGUACAUGCAAUAGUGAAUUCUGCAACAGCUCCACAAGGGCACACUCCCAGAUGUUUUUGCUGUUCUUCAGUUUCAUAUGUUUCAUUUUGUUACGUGGAUCAUACAUUUUUUAAAACUAUGUUUUGGUUAUUGUUAACUAAUUCUAUUUAUUAUUUAGAAAAUUUGUAAAUAAGAAUUUUGAAAUGUUUAAUUUGCACAUGUGUUGUUUAGGCAAAACAUUUCUAAGUAGAAAUAACUCUGUAAACAAAAACAUUACCAAUUAUUUUUACCUAAAACUAGUAAAAGAAAUUGAUAAGCACACAUACACGUUUUAUAUUAUUAUGAUUGAAAUUUUUUUACAAGAUUCUUUAGUUCAUCUUUACACUAUUUUUCAUCAACUAAAUCGAGUUUUAUUUUUUUAAUUAUUUCAAAUUAAUCUUACUAUUGAUAAAUAGUUUUAUUUUUAUUACUGACAAAGUACCUAAUUCACAAAAUAAACACUGAGAAAGUAGUUCACAAGGGCUAUUUAACUUCUUUUUUGCUUUAAAGAGGGACUCAAAAUGAAUACUUAAGCAUUAAAUCAGAUAGUCAAAAUGGAGUAAUAACCAUUGUUUGGUUUAAUUUUUUCACAAAAUGUGACUUAAGUACUUUUUUUUAGCACUAGGCUCUUUUUUUUUAUUUGUAGUUUUAAUUUUAUUUAAAUUAAGUCGGAGGGGAAAAAAAUGGCCAAGUUCCAUAAAAGUAUUUAAGUUAUUGAAGAUAACUGAUGAUGGUGCAAUAAAAAAUAUAAUGGCUCAAUUGGACUGAGCUGUAUACUGCUGAUUGAAGAAACCACACAAAAAAUGUGUAGCCUUUUUAAUAACAUAACAAAGUGAACAUACCUGUUUAUUAAACAUGCUUUUUUUGUCAAUGUGUAAUAAAUAUAUACAGAUAAACUGGAUGUAAAUAACAAUGUACAAUUGUAAGAACAUUCAUAUUUGAAUAAACAAAAUGUAACCUGCUAUACAUACAUAAAGAUGUCCAGUAAAACAAAUCAUUUAAAGUUUUCAUAUGAUGAUCUCACAACAAUUUGCUAUGAUUCCAUCAAUACUAAAUAAAUGUAAUUUGUACAUAU